AACUACUACUGCUGAUCUCCCUUUGUUUUUGAUUAACAGUGACAUAAUAUAAACUCUCUCGUCUUUGUUUGCAAUAAACUACGUGUCUACACGUAAUAUAAAAUCUCCUUUGCUCUUAAUUCUCCCUAUAUACAUAUGGCUUUGAAUCCAUGAAAAUCACGUUCUCAAGCUCACGUCAACUUCGCAAAUUCUUUUCAUCCACGAUAUAAAACUUUUAAGGCUCGUACAAUCUCCAUCGCACUAUUACAACCACAACUUAACUUGUACGAAAUACUAACUCUAAUACUCUUCAAGUGUUACAAUAUAUAUAGCUAGCUAUCAUUAGCAAUAUUGAACCAGCAGAUCACGAACCAAGAUAAAUAUAAUGAGUUGCUUGCAAAGCUGGCCGGAGCCAAUUGUCCGAGUUCAAGGACUCUCCGAAAGUGGCAUUCGAGAAAUCCCUGAUCGGUACGUGAAGCGGCCAGCGGAUCGUCCAGUUUUCAACGAGACAACUAUGUCUCAUGUUGAUAAUAUUCCGUUGAUUGACCUUGAAAAUCUCAAAUCAUCUGAUGAGUCCAUUCGUGAUGAAACAAUGAAACUCAUUUUCAAGGCUUGUCGCGACUGGGGUUUCUUCCAGGUGGUGAACCACGGCGUUAGCCAUGACCUCAUGGCUAACGCACGUGAUGUCUGGCGGGAGUUCUUUCAUCUCCCGCUGGAGGAAAAGCAGAAAUUUGCGAAUUCACCGGUUACUUAUGAGGGGUACGGCAGCAGGCUUGGAGUGGAGAAAGGUGGAAAAUUGGAUUGGAGUGAUUAUUUCUUCCUUCAUUAUCUUCCUGAGCCGUUGAGGGAUGACAAGAAAUGGCCCUGCCUUCCUAUUACAUGCAGGAAAAUCAUUGCUGAAUAUGGACAAGAAGUAGUGAAAUUAUGUAAAAAAAUAACAAAAAUCUUGUCGAUAAACCUUGGAUUAAAUGAAGAUUAUCUACACACAAAGUUUGGAGGAGACAAUGAAAGAGGUGCAUGCUUAAGGGUUAACUUUUACCCAAAAUGUCCUCAGCCGGACCUAACACUCGGACUCUCUUCCCACUCUGAUCCUGGUGGCAUGACCCUUCUCCUCCCCGAUACCGACGUUGGCGGCCUCCAAGUCCGUCGUGGCGAUGACUGGAUAACUGUUAAACCUGUUCCUAAUGCCUUCAUCGUCAAUAUUGGUGAUCAAAUUCAGAUGUUAAGCAAUGCAAUUUAUAAGAGCAUAGAGCAUCGUGUAAUCGUUAAUUCUGCCAAAGAACGUGUGUCUUUAGCAUUCUUCUACAAUCCAGGAGGUGACAUCCUCAUUAAACUUGCAGAUGAACUUGUGACGGAGGAUCAACCGGCGUUGUAUUUACCGACAACAUUCAACGAGUAUCGAGCUUUCAUUAGAACCAAGGGACUUUGUGGAAAAUCUCAAGUUGAAUUACUAAAAUCGCCAAGAUAAAUGUCCUUAGGAGACAUCCGAUAAAAUUGAAAUGUUACAGAGAGAUUAGCCCCUCCACAAGAAAGACACACCUGCACAAAACGGGAAAUGGUCUAAUCGCCAGGAUAAUUAAAUUAUCUUUUAUAUGUUCUAUAGUAUUUAAGAAGUUACUGUGUAUAUACAUUCCAAUUGGUAAAAAAAAAAAACAGUAAAUGCCCUUUAAACUUUCUUGCAAUAAGAAUAAGACAAUAUGUACCGUUUUGCGCA